AAUCAGCAUUCCGGCAAUAUUGUAGGAUUUUCUAAUCUUGUUUUCAAUUCGCCUAGACAGUAUGUCAUCGGAAAUUAUUUACAAAGAAAACAGGAUUAACAAUGUUAAGGAUGAGAAUAUUUACAUGAAAUCAGAUAAGGGAAGAUCGGUGAUUAGGGAGACUUCCGCCUUCCCGAAGGAGCAGAAAUUUUUGUCUGUUCAGAGAUUGAUAUUUUUAAUCAGAUCUGUUUUCCUUCCCCAAGGCUUCCCUCAGAGCGUUCAUCCCGACUAUGUUCCUUAUCAAAUUUGGGAUACGGUUCAGGCCUUUGCCAGUACCAUCCUUGGGACAUUGACAACUCAUUCCAUUCUCAUUGGAGUUGGUGUUGGAGAGUCCACAGCCACUCCUCUCGCCGCUACAAUCUCCUGGAUUCUGAAAGAUGGGGCUGGGAUGAUUGGGCGAAUUCUAUUCGCUUGGUGGAAUGGAUCUCAACUCGACGCUCAAUGCAAAAAGUGGAGAAUUUUCGCUGAUGUCUUGAACGAUAUUGCAAUGGGAAUUGAGCUAUUGCUCCCCUAUUUUUCGACGACUUACACUACUUUGAUAUUGUGUGCAACAACUAGUAUGAAAUCUAUAGUUGGGGUUGCGGGCGGAGCAACGAGAGCUGCUCUCACACAGCACCAGGCCCUGAAUAAUAACUUGGCAGAUGUAUCUGCCAAGGACGGCAGUCAGGAGACAUUCGUCAACCUGGUGGCGUCAUUCGUAGGCAUUUUCAUCCUCAACUCCCUCCACAAUUCUGUUUCAGGAGGAUUUCUACUUUACGUCACACUUGUUAUUGUUCAUGUCUACGCGAAUUAUUCAGCUGUGCGAUCUCUAAGAUUCAAUUCCUUGAACGAAGAUCGAUUGGCACUUGUGCUGGAUAACUAUGCGAAAUGUGGAAGAAUACUUGGGGUUGAGGAGUGUAAUAAGAGGGAGUCUUUACUACUGUUUCAGAAACCUUUCAAAAGAUACUGUGGUUUCGAUAUUAAACUGGGAGUUUCGCUCUCAACUACUCUCGAACGAAAAACCACAACUGUGGAUUACAUCUCCAGAUUGAGAAAUCACUUCCGGAAUAAUAAAUACAUCAUCAUUCCUGACGUGGACCAUCGACGAAUUAACGUUGGACUCAGCGAAAAUGUUGGACAGUCGGAUGUAUUGCGAGUUUACUUCGAAUCGUUCCUGCAUGGACUGAAAAUCAAUUCAUCGCUCUCUGAAUCAAAUUGCGACGAUGUUAAUCAGUCAAUUCUUGAAAUCAUUAAUAAUGAUUCUUAUGUAUCUUCAGAAUUCGAGACCUGGUGUCAAUUGUUGAGUCAAAGUGGGUGGAAACAGGAGAUUAAUCUGCUGCCCAUUGGCGAAUGGAGAGCUCGAUGGGACCUUUGAAGCUACCAAAACACGAUGAGAAUUAUUUUAAAACAUUCCAUGAAUAGGGGAGAAGAGAGCGGAAUUUCGCGUGUUUUAUCAUCUUUAAUUUCUAUAAAAAACAAAUAGGAAAUUGCUUUCGGUUUCAUAUAACACAAUAGUAUAUUCCCUACCUAGGUAGGGAAAAUGAAGGAGUCGUACCCUCAUGCAGAAUUACCACCCGAGUCGAAGGCGAGGAAUAAAUUCCAUCGUUUCAUCAGCGAACAGUUAAAAAUUCAAAACAUCAAUUUGAACGACUAAAAAGCAAACGGAAUGAAAGGCUCGUGGGUUCUAAUUAAUUGAUGUUCAUUGAAAUGAAAAUGAGACGAACAGAAAAAGAAUAACUAUUAACAGAAAAAAAAAGAAAAAAAUAAUUAAAAAAUUUAAAUUCAUAACAAUUUAAAAAUAAUUAAAAAAUUGAGACGCAAUUAAACUUCAGGGGAAAUACUUUGAGAAGUUUAAAAUAAAGAGACGAAAAAACUCAUGAUACAGUGGAACUGAAAAACUUGGCAAUUCGUAACAAUAUAUUCUGUCCCAUUUUCACUCAUCUGUACAUUUUGUUAUCGAAAAUACGAGAAAUAAAUUUUAUACGACCGUUCCAAAAACAAUUGCUUAAUUUAUUUAGUGUUAUGUUAAGCCUCUGGUUCUGGUUUCGAACCCGUUUGAGACAAAUGCUUAACAAUAUCUACCCAG